AUGGAUUUUGCCCUCGUAGCGACUGUUGGAGACCUCUAUAAGAGCAUGGUCUUGCAGGCGAUUUCCUUCGGUGUCGGCCUGUGCUACGAAUUCUCCCGUCUCCUUCCCAACCUCGAGUCUUAUGAGCAACAUGUCAUCGCCGUGGAUAUACCAGAGAGCUCCUCCGUAACCGAGUCGAUUGAGAGUUCAUCGCCACAAUAUCUUCAAGGAACUCGACUGUAUACCGUGACAGCUACUCUCUGCUUGUGUUUAUUCUUGACGAAUCUCGAGAUCCCGAUCGUUUCAACGGCGCUGGUCAGUAUCGCAGGGGACCUGGGCGGGCUGGACAAAAUCUACUGGAUCACGACUGCGUACAUGCUUGGAUAUGCCGGGGUCCUUGUUUUAUCUGCAAAGGCCAGUGACAUCUUUGGUCGCAAGGCAUGUCUUCUUACCGCCCUUAUCAUAUUCGUCAUCUUUUCGGCUGCUUGCGGUGCCGCUCAGACGAUGAAUCAAUUAGUUAUCUUCCGCGCAUUGCAAGGCCUUGGAGGAGCAGGCAAUUACGCUAUUUGCUCGAUCAUCGUUGUGGAGAUGGUCCCCCCAGACCAGUUUGCCAAAUACACCGGCGGAGUUGCCACAGUAUUCGUAUUCUCGCUUCUCUUCGGGCCGCUCUUUGGAGGUGCAAUUACUCAACACUCGACCUGGAGAUGGGUCUUCCUCCUCAAUAUACCACCAGGGGUUAUUGCGGUUAUAGCCUUAUUUCUGCUAUUGCCGAAUGGAUUCCCUUUUCACCACAAGCCGCGUGAGGCCAGGCGUACCUUUUGGGAAUCCUUUAUGAAUGCAUACCAUCGGAUCGACAUUACGGGCGCUUUCUUAUUGGUUGCAGCAACUGUCCUGCUGGCAGCUGGUCUUAAUGAGGCCGAUGAGCGAUUCGCCUGGCGAUCUGCCUUUACUAUUGCAGUUCUAACCAUCUCGGGCAUUUUAUGGGUUCUUUUUCCGCUGUGGGAGCGGCGGGUGACUCUGAUGAAUUCCCGUAUCGAGCCUGUGUUUCCAUGGCGAUUCUUUUACAAUCGUGUGUGGAUGGCAAUGCUAGUAAAUGCCGUAUUUCUGGGGAUGGUUUUCUUUGCAACCAUGUUUAUAGUUCCCCAGCGCUUUGAGAUUGUCAACGGACUCUCCUCUUUCGACGCUGCUGUCCGGUUCAUCCCUUUCACGGUGUUUUCCCCCGUCGGAUCGAUGUUAUCCCCGACUCUUGGAAAGGCUUUCAAAAUUCCUUUGAUGUAUCUUCUGAUCAUGGGUUCGGCAGUCCAAAUUCUUGCCUUUGCCUUGCUCGGGACUCUACCCAACGGGUAUGAUAUCCCGACUCGACAAUAUGGAUAUCAGAUCCUGGCUGGGUUUGGUUGCGGCAUAAAUAUCCCCCUUCUUACUUUAAUGACACCCUUUGCCACUGAGAAGAGAGACCAUGCGGUUGCCAUGGGGGCAAUCGCGCAAUUUCGAAUCUUAGGGGGGUCUAUUGGUCUAGCGAUUGUCACUGCCGUUCAGCAUGGCUAUCUGCGCUCUCAUUUGCGCCAAUCUUUGGAAGGGGCAGGGGACCUGGUGGAGGCCGUCCUGCAGUCAACCUCAGCCAUCGCCACGCUUCCCAGUGACACGCAAGAUCUCCUGGACUGGCAGGGGCUCAGCUCCUUACGUCGCUGA